GGACGGCUCAGUGUGCUCUUCGAGUGCGGCGCGGACGGUCAGCCGGACUGACGCGGUUGUGCGAGUGGCGAGUGACGAGUGUGCGCGAGUGCUCUGUGUACCGAGGAGUAGACUUCCUGUUGUGGAUCAAUACCUUGUUCGGGUUCGCAUAGGGUGCGAGGGGCAUGAGCACCGGCAAGCGCUUGCUCCGCCAAGGGACGUGAAGCGCUCGUCGAAGUGACGGCGACGUGACGCGACGCAGACGCGCGAGGGCGAAGUGACGGCGACGUGACGUAAACGUGACACCGAAGCGACGCGGGGGCGUGACAAGGCGUGACGAGGCGUGACGUGUGUGUUAUGUGCGAGCGUGCGUGACUCCGCGCCUGAACAUGCUGCCCCGGUCGGCGGUCCUGUGCGCGCUGCUGCUCCUGUGCGCGGCCGUGCUGCUCGCGAGCGCGCAAGCGCAGCAGCAGCAGGCGCCUCUGCAGCAGGAGGGCAAGAAGGCCACCAGCCUGACGCACAAGACGUCGACGACGCCGACGCACAAGACCAAGCCGACGACCCGCAAGCCCAGUAGCAGCAGCAGCAACGCCACGCCCAGCAGCAGCAGCACCACGACGACGAGGGUGAAGGCCACGGCCGCGCCCCCUACCACGCUCACGAGCAGCGGCACCACGACCACCAGCGCAGCGGCGGCCGCCGCCGCCGCCACCCUGGCCAGCACCCUGGCCAGCACCCAGCAGGGCACCACGCUGCCCGCGCUGCCGGGCACCGAGGCGCCACCGACUACUAUCAUGGACUCGACGGCCUCGACGCAGGCGGCCACGCGCGACGGCGGCGGCGCGGUGGGCUACUCGCCCGCCCGCAGGGAGACGCCCGUGCCGCCCGCGGCGCCCGCCGGCGGACCCCAGACACCCGGCACGCUGAGUCUGCCCGGCGGGGAGUCGGCGACAGGCGUGCUGACUAAGCCCACCAAGUACCACUACUACCCGCACAACCAGCACAUCUACCUCCUGCCCGAGUGCGCCGUGCAACAGGUCUGCAACGCUGUGUACGUGCGGCUGAACUACACCCAGCCGCUGUGCGCCUGCCCGUCCAGGCACCAGGACCCCUGCUCCGCGUCGCUCAACUCGGACGACCUGCACACCACCGAGCUCGCCAGCACCACCAGGGGCAAGGUGCUGACGCUGGCCAAGACGUGCGAGCCCGUUGCCGAGGUACGCCUGUGCAAGGCGCCCAAGGACUGGUCCUUGCUCGCGCUGCAGAACGUCAGGACGGGCAAGUCGCACUACCUGGUCAUCUGUCGCUGCGCGCCGGCCAGGACCAACAUGCUAGAGGGACCAAUCAUCCACGACCAGCCGACGUACGCCAGCGUGCCUGGCAUCCGGGUGUACGGCAUGGUUUGCGUCAAGAGGCCCUCGUCCACCUCCAACCGCAAGGGCCGCCCGCUCAGAUACGCGCGAAGCUCGCGGCACCCGCGCUCAGCUAAAGCGUACAACGAUCUGCCGCCGUUCCCCUGGGACAGAGUCUGGGAGCUGGCACGAGCGAUGAAUCUGAUAAAAGGAUGAAGAGACCCGCGCAAUCCGAUCCCGACAAGACUGUACAAACUGUUUAUUUAUUUCUAGGCUAAGGUUUCUUAUGGCAAUGGGUUGAAGCAUACCUCCCUCAGUGCUAAAUGUGAUCAAGCAAUGCCACUAAGAUGUUGGUUGACGACAGUUUGCAGAGCGUUUAACCAACAUCUCACUUCGACAUGCUGAGAUAAGAUUAAUAGUAUUUAUCACUGAGGUGACAUGUAUUUUGAGCCAUAGCCAUAGUAGAAGUAUAGCAGUUACUAGAUAAGAGUAAUUAAAAGACUUUUUAUCUGGUUUGCAGUGCUCACCUACAAAAGCGUGUACUUUUCUGGAUAAUUUUUAUUAUGUUGUCUACUUUCAUAGAUCCGUGCAUUAAUUAACUUAUGUAUGUCCCUUCUCCUAGGUAUAAGUAGGCUGGUAAAAUAUUUUCUACUUUUAUUAAGAUUGAAAAUCUCAAUUCGACUUUGAUUACUAACAGGCUCAUUUAUAACUACACAGAAGUGUCCAAAUCUGCUAGACCCAAUGACGAAGUCAUUGAUAAAUUGAAUAGAAUUCUAAAUGCAGCAGUCACUUUUAACAAGUACUUCUCAACCUAAAGAAGGAAAACUUAUCUGCCCCAGUGGAGAUUGUUUCUUUUCCUUGAAUUGCAUCAAAAACUUUUACUGUGUGUGUGUGUACGUAUAGAGUUCUAGUUUUCAUAGUUCAUUGUGAGUUAAGCUGUUGGUUGAUGAGACUGACGACUAGGGAGUGAAAACUGUGGUAAACAUGAUGAGGGUUGUGAUCAUUUCUAAUAAGUAAGUGCUUGUGAUGGUAAAAUUACUAAAUUCUUUGAAUUUUUUGAAACUACAGAUUUGGGAACCAAAUCAUGGAUCAAUAGUACAGGAACAGCUUCCUGAUUAAAAACAUGUCAAAUAUAUGUGUAUAUGUACCAUUUUUUCCUUAAAAAUCAAAACUAGAAAUGAAAAAUUAUCUUGAAAAUCAUUCCUCUUAAAAGGCAAUUAGGGGUUGUAAAAUUAUACCAUCAACAAAUGUAGCAGUAUUCAGUGAGAGAAAAAAUAUUAACCUUAAGGAAAACAAAACAAAUCAGUAUUGGAUAAAGAUCUGAAAUAGUAAUUUAAAGUAGAAUUGAUAAAUCUACUUCAUAGAAAUCUUAAUAAAUUUUGUGGCAUGAAAUAUUUUAAUGUAGAAAAUGGGAAAGAUGUUUUAGAUUAUAUUUGGAUUGAUAGUACUUUAGUGUGAUGUUUCUCAAUUUGAAAAGUCUCGGCCAGUUAAAGUGAGAAGAUAGGCUUUUUACUAAGAUUGGAUUGUCAAACGCUGAAUCAUAGACUUAUAGAAUGAUUUUAGAACUCAUGCUAUUGCUUAAAAGAAGGGUGUGACCUGCAUAAUUUAUUGUUAUUUAUAAAAACCUAACUUAUUUAAUUUAAACACCUUUUUGUAGA